GAGACCGGGCGCCUUCGGAGCAGAGGCGGCCGCGUCCCGCGUAGGCUCCGCGCGUCUUCCCCGGGCGGUCCUCUGGGGGCCGCGAUGCGCUCGGCCUGAGCUCUCCCUCCGCAACGCUCCCGCUUCGGGCCUCCGCAGAGCGAUGGCCGCGGGCGGCUGGCAGGAGGCAGCGGCCCAGCAGGCCGAGGAGACGGCGGCCCGGGUGCGGGACGUGCUGUCGGGCGGCCUGGGCCUGCUGCGCGCCGAGCUGGGCCUGGAGCUGGGCCUCGACCCCCAGGGCCUGCCCACCUGGCUCGCCCUGGCGCUCCCGGCCGCGCUAGGGCUGGCGCUGCUGGGGCUGUUCCUGGCCGCGGCCUGCGGAGGAGGGCUCCGCAAGAAGGCGGCGCGGAGCGCGCCCGAGAGGAAGGGCGACGAGGCGGCGGCCCUGACGGCCGGCGGGGGCCCGGGCAGGGCGGCGGGGCCGGGACCGGGGCUGCUGAAAGGCGACGAGCAGAAGAAGCGGAACAAGAAGAAGCUGCCGGAGAAAGCGGCGAGGCCUAAUGGACGGUCUUUCCUUGAUGUAUCUGAGGAUGAAGUAAUACAGCCUGUCCGUAAAGAAAAUACAAAGCAGCCGUUGGAUGCAGAAAAGAAGAAUGAAAAGUCAAAGAAGAAAAAGAAAUCAAAGGGAGAUGCUAAAACAGUUCCAGAUGCAUCGCGUCUAGAUGGAAAGGAAGCUGAUGAAGGAACCUGGGAAACGAAAAUCAGUAACAGAGAAAAGCGUCAGCAGCGUAAGCGAGACAAGGUGAUGACUGAUGGUGGUUCAGGAGAAUCAAAUCUCCAAGGGACGGAAAGCACAGCUACUGUAUCCAUUGAACAACUGAUGCCCCCACCAUCACUUCCAGUUGGUCUCAGAAAAAAUAAAGGUGAUACUCUUCUGAACGUGCAAGUUAGCAGCUCUAAGCCUUCAAAGGGGGAGUCAUCAGUUCCACAAGUUUCCCCAGGAUUGAAUGAAAGCCAUACAGUAAAUGGUGGAAGCUGGAAUGAGAAGCCUGUAAAAAUCUCCUCACAGAUUGGUGUAGGAGAGGAAAAGUGGACUCCUGUUUCCUCAGCUACAGCUGGGAAGAGGAAGACUGAGACAUCUGCCUGGGCCCAAGAUGCUGCAGAUGCUAAUGGGAAUGGAAAGGACUGGGGUGUAUCCCUGGUGAGCAGGCCUUGGAAAGAGCGUUCUUUGUUCACUCCCAUUGAUGCUUGGAAGGUAGAUGCAAGGAUUAAUACCUCUGAACAGAAUUCUACUUCUUUCUCUUCUUUUGGAUUAACUCCUGGAGUUUCUGGAACCAACAGUGAAUCGGUUUCUCAGGCUGGUACUUCUGAUUUUCCAUGGGAUUUAAGUCACACUCAGCCCCCUGUUGAUGAUGAAUGGUCUGGGUUAAAUGGACUUUCUUCUGCUGAUCCUAGCUCUGAUUGGAAUGCACCAGCAGAAGAGUGGGGAAACUGGGUAGAUGAAGAAAAAGUUGCUUCUGUUCCACAGCCUGAAGAGGCAUUAUCUGAUGUUCAGAAGGCUUUAGAUAAUGAAAGAGAAAAAGCAGAGCCAGUUCUUCAGAGUUCUGCAAGUGGGAAGUCCAAGAAAAAGAAGAAGAAAAAGAAGAAGCAAGGUGAAGAAGCUAACUCUCCUUCACAGGACACUGAAGAACUGGACAGAGAAGCUGGAGAGGAAUUUCAAGAGGAUACCUCAAAAGCUAAACCACAGCAGGAAAUAGCUUUUUCUCUGAAGACCAUAAGUACUAGUGAACCAGCUAAGCCUGAGGAGGCUCCUUCUCUUGCUGUUUCUACUGAGCCAUCUGUAAUUGUAUCAGAGAGUGAUUCUGUCAAGAUUGCUUCCCAAGUGCCACAGAUGCUGCAAGAGACAGAUGUUUCUAGUCCCAGUAUUAAGCAAAACAGUGUGCCUCCUCCCCAGACAAAGUCUGAAGAAAGCUGGGAGUCCCCCAAACAAGUUAAAAAGAAGAAAAAAGCAAGGAGGGAAACGUGAACUUCCUGAGAUGGACAUGCGUUGCUGAAUACUGUCAUGAAGAUUAUGCUGUUUAUGCAAUAAUUUGUGAACACGUACAGAAUUUUAUAUAAGUUUCAAACAAUUUUUAAAAACAGAACUGCUGUGAACACAAACAUCUUCAAAAAGGAAUCAAACGAAAGUAACUUUAUAACAUAGAAAACAGAACAUGCUACAUUUGAAAGACAUUCUGAAGAGUCUGUUUUUCCAACUUUUGGAGAGAGAUCUUAAUUAAAAAACAAAAAACUGGUUUUACAACACAGUGCCCUGUUUACAACAGAUUAUAUUCUCAUCUACUGCUGCGGAUAAAAGGUUAAUUUCAAGGAAGGGUUUUCUGUAAAAAUAUUUGUCUGUACGAUAGUGGGUGUUUCUUGCCUCUCUUGUGGGUGAUGCAGUAGAAGCACAGAAUGUCAACCAUUUGAAUUUGUUUCAUGCCUAAAUCAAAGUGCUUUGAUUUAAUAUGUAAUCUGCCAUAUCCUUACAGUAAGUUGGUUAGCGAGUCUGCUGGCUGUUACAGGAAUCACAAGUGCAAAUCAUAACCAUUUGUACAAGUCAGACCUUCAUGGUUUGUAUAUGAAGUUAACACAAUAAAACUACUUUGGGUUAAAAGUUUGAGAAUGUGAUUUGAAGCAUAAGUAUGGUCCAUGAAGUUAUUUUUGAUAAUGUCUAUUACCUUACUUGAAUUGUUGAAGAUAACAAUAUAUAUUUUAAGAAUGCGGUCAUGUGCAUAAAAAUCGGUUUCUCUGCUUUAUUCGCUGUAGUUCUUGGUUGAUUCAAAUCGCCAUCCAAAAUUGUAACACUUUUAACUCUUAAAAUCACACAAGGAAUUCAAAUCAAAUGUUCUCUUCCCUUAAAACAUACUCGUUCACCAUCCCCAAUUCUGUUUUGUUCUCUAUUGCUAAAGCUCAAAAUAAGGUGAAUUUCUUUCACUCGACAAAUUGUGGGAUUUCAGUGAUCCGUUGGAGAACUGGAGUGGCUUCAGACAGCUUUAAUUGACAUUGUCAAGACCAGUUAUCAGGAACACUUCUUUUUUUUUUUUUACUGCCUUAACCUGUAGUGUGUAGAAUAUGUCCAGACUUCUGAGCAGGAGUUUGUGGUUUUUAUAAAAAAUAAAAGAAAAAACAUUAACUCAAGUCUAGCGGUUACAAAAAAUAAAGAACAUUUCCUGCUUGAAACUGUUAAUUAAAAUGGUGUUUAAGAUGUGUUGUCAUUUUCAGGCACUGUGUAACUACAUGGUAUCGACCUGACAGAUGUGUUUGUGUCUGUAAGGUGCAUGCUCAGCCAUGUACAAUGUAAAUAGCCUUUACAACAAACUGUUCGAUGUGGAUGGUGAUUAGCAUCACCUGGUGACAUUCAGUAGAAGAGCCGAGAUGUUUCUAAAUUACUGACUUCUGGCUUCAUACCAUGAGCAGAGUUGUUAACAGCUGCAACACAUGGUACCGGUCAACAAACUUUCACUGUCUUACUGUACUGAACUGCAGUUCAACACUACUGCAAGACAAGAUUAGUUAAUGAAGCGAACUGGUUUUAGUUGUACUGAAAGUGCACCUUGCUAAUGGACAACUUUGCCAAUAAAUGAAUACUAAUUGGCACAGGUAUUGAUGCCUGUGUAUCGGGAACGUGUGACCUCUAAACCGACUUGUCAAAAUAAAUGCAGCAUAUUAACAGUACUCAUUAAUUUGCUGGGAGGGAAUAAUACCUGAUGCUGAUACCUGUCAGGCAGGGCUCACGUAAGCUAAACUGAGAGCUGAAGUACAGUUUUCAAGGAGUAUCUGAAGGCAGACACACGAAUUGGAUAUCACGAAAUCAUGCUGAGCUGUGUGCAUGUAAAUAAUACUUUAAUUUUACGUUCUCUUGGCAAAAGAACACCCUUUGAAUUCAGGUUUGUAAUGUAUUUGCAAAAGCGUCUCUUUCCCAUCUGUAUGUUGUGCGAUGGGCUGCUCUUGGAGAUAACACGGAGAGAGAGACUGCCCCAAGGAAGAGUCACUGCAUACGUCUUAUUUUUUGUCUCUUCAGGGUACAGUUGGUGGCAUUCUUGGGUUAAUGCACUCCAGCUCUUGAAAAGCUUGUCUGGAAAAAAGAAACUAGCAAACAAGGUAGGAACCCUGCUGAUAAACUGCUGCUCCCAAACAGGAUCGUAUAAAUACGUAGCCUUCUUUUCAAAAUGUUGUUACCUAUUUAGCAGCACCUCUUAUUGUUUUCUUAAUGUGCAGUUUCAGUGUCUUAGAAAGCGAACCUUGCUUUGUUUGACAUUCAUUGAAGAGGUAGCGACAGUAUAGCAUAUUGUCUAUGGAUAGAAACUUGGUUAUCUAUGUAUUGUCAUGUUCCUAUGACUCAAGCAAUGGUUACUCUUAAUGAUACACUGAAUCCAGACUUUGGUACUGGCAUAGAAAAACACCAUUUAAAGAAACAACAGUCUAUUUUUUUUUUUUCCUUUUUGUUGUUGAAUGCAUGGAAUGGUUUCAUAAAUCCGAUAUGUUGGCUUUUUUUAAGUACUCCGGAAUUAUUUGUACGUGUAAUUUAAACUUGUUGUGACGAUGUGUAAUUGGAUAGUCAUGGCAUAUUUUUCUUUUGUGGGGUGGGGAAGAUGUACAGAAUUCAUAUGUGCUUGUUACGGAGGUAACAACCUGUGCAUUGAUUUGGAGGGGGAUGAAAACUGUAUUUCUGAUGCCCUUUUAGAAGUCUAAAGAAAAAAGUGCGAGAGAAAAGCACUACUUUGAUAUUUACUAAGAAUGUACAUAUUAAAAACAUUUCAAACUUUAUAGAAA